AUGGUCAAUGCCACAGAGCCAAAGGUAAUCAUUCCAGAGCCAAAGGUCAAUGCCCCAAAGCCAAAAGGUCCUCAGUCCAGAGCCAAAGGUCAUCUCCACAGAGCCAAAGGUCAUUGCCUCAGAGCCAAAGGCCAUGUCCCAGUGUCAAAGGACAUCUCCCCAGAGCCAAAGGCCAAUGCUCCAGAGCCAAAGGUCAAUGCCCCAGAGCCAAAGGUCAUUGCCCCAGAGCCAAAGGUCAACACCCCAGAGCCAAAGAGCCAUAGGUCCUGGGUCAUUGCCACAGUGCCAAAGAUCAUCACCUCAGUGCCAAAGAUCAAUGCCCGAACGCCAAAGGACAUCUCCCCAGAGCCAAAGUUCAAUGGCACAGAGCCAAGCGUAAAAAGCACAGAGCAAAAGAUUAUCACCCCAGAGCCAAAGAUCAAUGCCCCAGAGCCAAAAGUCAUCACCCCAGAGCAAAAGGUCAAAACCCCAGAGCUAAAGGUCAAUACCACAGAGCCAAAGGUCAACACCCCAGAGCAAAAGGUCAACACCCCAGAGCAAAAGGUCAAUGCCACAGAGCCAAAUGUCAUCGCCCCAGAGCAAAUGGUCAAUGCCCCAGAGCCAAAGGUCAACGCCCCACAGCUGCACUCCCUCAUCACCUCCACCCAGCCACUCCAGCCUCACCCUUCCUCGGGAGAGAACCCAUGA